GAACAGCAGGCAGAGGGAGACGGAGAAGCAGGCUCUUCUCUGAGCCUAAUGUGGAGCUGGAUCUCAGGACCCUGAGAUCAUGACCUGAGCUGAAGGCAGACACGUAACUGAAUGAGCCAUCCAGACACCCCUGCUUUUCUUGUGAAAGUUGUAGAAUGCAGAAUUCCACUUUUUUUUUCAACUUUGAACCUGAUCAAAGACUUUUUUCAACUUUUCAACGUUGAAACUGAUCGAAGACAAGUAAUUAAGGGCUGGAAGGGAUUGCUGGCUAUUCCUGACAAGUGGUGACCCCGCUGUGAUCAUCUUGCCACAGACCACUGAAUGGACCACCUGAAAAUGAAAAGUUUGGGCACAGAGUACAGCAAGGUAGAAAGCACUGAAUUAGGAAUUCCAGGAGCUGAGUUGUAGACCCCCUUCUUCAUUUGUUUCCCUGCCUUGGGAUCUAGAAAGAAUAUACAUUUUAAAGUUAGAACAAAUUGGUUUUGAACCAUUGCUCCACUUCACCGGCUUCGUGACUUGGGGAGGGUGAAGGGGAACCAGAGCGCACAAGGGAACUGACUGGGAGGCAGAGAAGAUGGGCAUCCUCAGCGUAGACUUGCUGAUCACACUGCAAAUUCUGCCAGUUUUUUUCUCCAACUGCCUCUUCCUGGCACUCUAUGACUCGGUCAUUCUCCUCAAGCACGUGGUGCUGCUGCUGAGCCGCUCCAAGUCCACUCGCGGGGAGUGGAGGCGCAUGCUGACCUCAGAGGGAAUGCGCUGCAUCUGGAAGAGCUUCCUCCUCGAUGCCUACAAGCAGGUGAAAUUGGGUGAAGAUGCCCCCAAUUCCAGUGUGGUACACGUCGCCAAUGCUGAAGGAAGUGACAACAGUAGAAAUGGUGCCCAGGUGAAGAUGGUUGAUGGAGCCGAGUGCCACCUUCUUGACUUUGCCAGCCCUGAGCGCCCACUGGUGGUCAACUUUGGCUCAGCCACUUGACCUCCUUUUACUAGCCAGCUGCCAGCCUUCAGCAAACUGGUGGAAGAGUUCUCAUCAGUGGCUGACUUCCUGUUGGUCUACAUUGAUGAGGCUCAUCCUUCAGAUGGUUGGGCAGUGCCUGGUGAAUCUUCUUUGUCUUUUGAAGUGAAGACGCACCGGAACCAGGAAGACCGAUGUGCAGCAGCCCACCAGCUUCUGGAGCAUUUCUCCUUGCCGCCCCAGUGCCGAGUUGUGGCUGACCGCAUGGACAAUAAUGCCAAUGUAGCUUACGGGGUAGCCUUUGAACGUGUGUGUAUUGUGCAGAGACAGAAAAUUGCUUAUCUGGGAGGAAAGGGCCCUUUCUGCUACAACCUUCAAGAAGUCCGGCGUUGGCUGGAGAAGAAUUUCAGCAAAAUGAAAUCUAGAUUAGCUGGUUAAAGGUAUGAUUGUAAAGGAGUUUUGUUUUUGUUUUUGUUUUUUAAAUUAUGUAAAGGAAAGGAAACUAAGAACUGAAUCCACUAUUUCCACCAAGCCCCAUUGUCUUGCUGAAGGUUAGGAAUUUACAUGUCAGAAGAACAUAGACAUCUAACAUCUCCAUAUUCCUUUUACCACUGGAAUGGCAUUUGGCUAAGUAGUAGCCCCAGCACAUCUCCUCCUAAUGAAAAGCCUGAAUGAAAAGAUCCCAAGAUGGAGAGGAAGAAACGCUGUUUCAACAUGUGUUCAUUCUGCCUUGGGAAAGAAGUAAUACAGCUGAUGCAUGCUUUGGGACUUGAAGAAAAGACUUACCUGAAUAACUACUAUGUUAGGGAACUGUUGUCCUUAUUAGUAUAAGGAGUAUUGCCUAUGCUUUAUUCAGCACGGAUAGAGCCCAUCUGGAAAGUUCCCAAAUAUUUACGUCUAAAGAGUCCUUGAGCCCAGUUCGUGUGGUUAAGGCUUUUAUGUUUAACAAUGUUCUAGUAGUUUCUGCUGUUCUAGUUUCUAGCCAUGUGGUGCUCUAUGCCAGUCUAAACAUCCCAGAACUCACAGGUGUAUUUGCAGAUAUCAAGGAUGAUCCCUACCUAGAGGAUUAGGAUGAUUAUCUGAAAUCUGAGGGUUCCUUUCUAGGCGAGUGGGGAAAGCCCUAGAAGAAAAUCCAACUGACAAGCUAGGGACAGGAAGCAGAAAGAUGAGGAGGCUUCACAGAGUUUCACCUUGUUAGUCACAGAAACAUGGAAACAUAAAACAUACGUGGGUCAGAAAAAGAAGCAACUUAAUUGAAAUCAGCAUGGAGAAUAUGCAUAUGAUAUCAAUGAAUUUAUCAUAUAUUCCUCAAUUGAGGGAGAAAGGGGGAUGGAAAGGAGAAAAAAAAAAAACCCAUGCUUCAUUAUUUUUAAUUAUGAGGGUUUUUUGUUAGAAAUAAUUACUUUCUGAAAUAGGUCUGUGGUAUGUAUAUUUUCAGCAGGUGAAAUAUACCGCAUGAUACUGAUUUAAUGUAAAACCAGUAGGUCCAGUGGUUCUGGUCUGUCCCUCUCCAUUCCUACAAUUCUGAUGUGGCCCCAUUCAUUUUUGGUCUCAGUCUCCUUAACGGAUGCCGAGCUGGGGAGUACAUUCUUCAUAAUAUACUCUUGAUACUAUAUAUAAAUAUAUUCUCAGCUGCUGUGGGAGGUAGGUGCUCUGGCCAUUCAGCUGUAGCACUGUUCUUCUCCCAGAGUGAGUGAACUAUAAUGAAUAGUAAGUGCAAAUAAACAAGAUUUCUUCAGUUACAAAAUAGAGGAAGAAAAAGUUAGUUUGAGACAAUUCUCAUUAAUAAUUUUGGAGGCUUUGAUAGAGACAACCCUCAGUGGCUUGGAAUGUGGCAAAAUGGAAUUCCCAUUUACAUUUAAAUUUGGAUUGGGAUCUUCCUUUGUUCCAGUUAGCUGAGGUCUAGUAAUCUAAGGCCUCUGUCCUCAUUAUAAUGCUACACACACACACACACACACACACACACACGCACACACACACACACAUACACACACACACCAUGUUUCUCUUUAAAAUACACUAUAGUUUUACCUAUAAUAUAAUAUCUAAAUAUCAUAACCCCCAAAGAAUAGACCAAUUAAUUUUGUAUUAUAAAUAUUUUAUUGUUAAUUUGAGGAUGCUAUUAAAUCACAGUAUAUGGUUGUAUUGAUACGUACAAUCAAAGGUUCCUAUGACCAUUCCAUUAAUAAUUGAAUCAUAAAAUAAAAGUUGUAGAGAAAAAAGAAAAACACUCAAGUUGAAAAUAUCUUCCGGAACUAGUUGCCUGAAAUAAGAAAAAGGUGGGAAUUGAGUGUGUAAGAACCAAAAGUAUAUUAAAAAAAAAAACAAAACAGAACUGGAAAAAUGUAUCAGUCAUCUCACUAGUUUAUUGUUUAGAUAUUAAUGUACUAUUUUAACUGAUUAUUUUCUUUACAGCAAUAUUUAAACUUUUCAGUGUCUUAAAUUCUAUAAAACACACCCGCAAAGAAUGGAAAUUUUGAAAAUGUGGCAACAUCUAACAAAUUUCUGGAAAUUCCCACAGAGAACAGAUAAUUUCAGAGUUCUCAGUCAUUAAACUUUAUACUCCAGACUGGGCCGCACUGAAUUUUAUCUUUCAAAUGGUGUCAAGAUUAUGUGGUCCCCGAGAAAAGGAAAACGAAAACUUGGUUGCAGCACACUCACCCGUUGUCCUUAAACUUCCCCUUUGUUCUACAUGUACAAUAAUGGAACAGGAUGUUAGAGAAGCUGGUGGGGGGAUGAGAUUUGGCUAAGGCAGUGCUAGUUGUCUGGGAAAAAGGAUGAUGGAAAAAGCACCCAGUUGCGAUAGAUGUUUAAGGAAAAGAGAAGGUCGUGUGUGUGCAAUUCCUCUCCAUGAGGAUAUUCCAAUGGAAAAAUGAAGCAGUGGAAGUAAAUAUACAAAGGCAUAGGCUGAAUAUCAGGGAAAAAGAUAUGUUCAAUAGAACAUAGACUUUCUGGAAGAAAGGCAGUUAGGGAACAAUGAAGACAGUGAAUUGACAAAGCUCAGGAAUCCUACAGUCUGUAGAAUGGCUUGGUGUUAACCAGAGUUAUGAUAAGCCUGUAAUUAUGUAACCUAUUUAUCUCAACAUGUUUUUUUAUGAUUUCCUGUGAUGUAUCUUUUAUGAACAUAACAAGAACUCAUUAUUUGAAGUAGAGGAGAAUCAAUGCUUAGCUGGUAUGCUCAGAGAAAUUAUUAGAGUGUCAAUACCCAUCCUACCUGUCGUGUCUUUAUAAAGUAUGUUCCUUUGACCAAUUGUUCAAAAAUACUUGGUAAAGUAUGUUCCUUUGGACAAUUGAGACCUAAAAAUCCCCUCGCCCUAGGCUGUGUUUACAUGGAGCUAUCAGUUUAGCCUUUUAAACUGAAUUAGCUUGUCUAUAUUGAAAUAGUUUCAAGCAAUUUUAGAUAUUAUCAUAGCAUCUGGAUUUACUCAGACCUUUAGUGUUUGAAAGGCAUAUGUCUUGGAACUAUUCAAACUUAUUUUAUUUUAUUGCUUAGAGAAAAUAUUAGUGGAGUCAACAAUGACUUUCUUGAAUGGGUGUGAAUGAAAUGCCCACAGAGUAAUGUAGAAAUGUUUGAUACAGAUAUUAAAAUGUAACUGACCUCCUCAGAGGAAGACUAGUAACUGUUCUUGGUAUAGCAAAAGUGACAGUCGUUUAACUUAUAUGACUUUUAUUUUCAUGUUUUGGAUCUCUGGUACUGUGUCUUCCCCUUGUUUAUAGACUGUACCUUUGAUUUUUGGUAAUAUCAAGUUCUGAAUGGCCUACUGAUGAAAAUUCUGCCAUUAAGCAGAAAAUGCCUAUUCUAUGACCAAGGGGAGAAGAGAAGCCUGCUGUCUUUUAUUUUGCCUGAAGUGUGUUUCACUAUUUGGGCUCUUGAAUAAAAAAUAUGAAAUAUGGUGAGGUCAUGUGUGGGUACUGCCUUGUUGUAAGAAAUACCAGAGGGCAUGUUAAAGACAAUAUCUAUGCCUUUGGGAGAAUUCCCAGCUGGAUACAAGGUGUUCUUAGCAUGCCUUGUGGGUUAUAUCCACAGCAAAAGGAAUACACUGAUGUUCAGGACUUUCCAUUCUGUAAAUCUGACUGAUGGUUUGGAAAAUUAGCUUAAUUAGAAUCAUAUGGUCAUUGCAAAGGGAAAAAUGUAGACACCAAUUUCUGUCCCAUUGAAGGGUUAAUGAAAACCUCUUGAGCACUUAGAGGUUUUCAGAACAUGUCCAAUGUCAUGUCUCUCAGCAGAAGAGAUUAACAGUAAGAAUUCCGAUUCUAGGAACUUAAAACAAAAUGAUAUUGCCAAAAAUCAGAGCAAAAAUGUUUUCAGUUAUAUCCCAACUUCCUCCCUACUUUCUACUUUAUCUUAAAAAUAGAAUCCAAACUUAGGUUUCAUAUGUACAUCCAGAACAGGACAUAAGUAUAAAUUUCUGCUUGGUGAUCAGCAUUCUCCUGGUGGUGUCUUGAGGUACUCCAUGAAAGAAGGAAGUAGGUCCUGGGAGAGUUAGGAAGUUGCUAACUGGAGAGAGGUAGGCCCUGAGAAUUUGGUCUACUGAUCUGAGAGAAUUUGAAAAGAAACUUCUUACCAGUAGAAAGGGUUGCUGGGUAUCAAUGAAUGACUUUAGAAUGAGGCAAACAUUGGGCUACUUCUUUAUGUCUUAAGUUCUGGAUAGCAGCAGAGGCAAGGUCUCAACUAAGAGACCCAGCUCUGCUCUAAGGUGAGUCUGAACCAACAGAAAGCAAACAUGUACAGAUAUCCAAACAAGACUGGUCAUACAAUUCAGGGCUUGCUCCCCAUUUAGGGCAGCAGCACCAGAGCUCCAUGGAGUUCAUUUAAUAUUUACUGAGAUGAUCUCAAGGACCCAGGAGGUGUUGAAUGAGGUCACUAUUUGGGCUCAAAACUAUGCCCCUUCCCACUCCUCAAAGCAAAGAGAUAAACACAUAAAUGAAAGAAGCCCACAGAAGGGGGUGGGGAAUAAAUAAAAAUUCUCUCAAGACUUUUCCAAACUACAUCACUGGCCCAUGUAGUUUUUAUGUGUAUUAGGAUGAGAGACUAUGAAGAUAUAGGUUUCCAGUACUUUAUAACCAAAGCAAUUAAAAGAUAUUGGGUAGGGAAUGUUGGCCAGUUUUACUUAGUUUUGCAUCACAUUAUUGCCAGACUCUAUCACUAGCCCAAGUAAUCGAGUACCCGGAGAGGGAGACUGGGAUGUGCAGAGGUGACCAGUGUGCGAAUGAUAACUACUGAUGAAAGAGUCACUGACUCAGUUAGUGGUUGGAUGUAGUCACAUUAGUUUUCCCCUGCCCAUCUUUGUCUCCCUGGCAAGGAGACUAUUUGGGGCACGAUGCUAUGGGUACUGGGUAAAUGUGGUGAGAAUGUAUGGGUGUCUUUCUCUGCUGCUCAGUUGCAGAAACAGAAAUGCUUUGGAGGUUAUUGUAGAAGGAGUGUUAUUAUAUUGGUGCUGAGUGGUAUGUGUGCUUUUAAAAUUUGUUCUUGUAUUUUAAUAAACUUUGA